UACCCCUAGGCCGACCAUCGACGAUAAGAAGAAGUUCAGUUCUCAAUUUACUUUCUCAGCUAUCUAUCAGAUCUUGUCCAGGAAAUAAACAAAACAGAAAUGGCUCUGAUUCCAAGUUUCUUCGGUAACUCACGAAGCAGCAUUUUCGAUCCUUUCUCUGCUUUUGACUUUUGGGAUCCAUUCAAAGAUUUUCCUUUGCCUUCAUCUUCUUCAAUCGUCUCUCGUGAGAAUUCUGCUUUUAUCAACACUCGCAUAGACUGGAAAGAGACACCAGAAGCUCAUGUAUUCAAGGCUGAUCUUCCUGGGCUCAAGAAAGAGGAAGUGAAGGUGGAGAUUGAAGAUGACAGAAUUCUCCAAAUCAGCGGAGAGAGGAAUGUGGUGGAGAAAAAGAAGAAAAGAGAAUGA